AUGGUGACCAUAUUGAGACAUCCGGCUACACUAUUCAGAUCAUUGUAUACCUUUUUCCGAAUGGAGAACCGCGUUGGUAUGACUUUUCAAGAAUUCUUGAAUGCACCAGUCAAGCCUGCAGUUUUAAUAAAGUUUGAUGGUGAUACGGCUUACAAAGGAUAUAACCAAAUGAGUGUAGAUUUAGGAUUUGAUUUGGAACAAAGUAAGAAUCAGACCGCUAUCACUGAAUUCAUUAUGAAAAUAGAUAGAGAAUUUGAUUUGGUCAUGAUAAUGGAGUACAUGGAUGAGUCGUUUGUUAUGUUAGCCAAUUUAAUGGGAUGGCCUUUGGAAUAUGUAGCUAACUUGAAACUAAAUAGCAGAGUUCCAGGAUCAGACACGUAUCCUCUAACAAAGCAAGAUGAAUUAACUUUAAUGGAACUCAAUCACGUCGAUACCCAAUUAUAUAACUAUUUUCAUGAGAAAUUCCUGAGAUGUAAGAGACAAUAUGGGGAAGAUAACUUGAACCAACAAGUAGAGAAAUUACAAAUUAUCAAUAAAAACUUCAAAGAAAGAUGCGUGGCAAAAGAAGUUAUAGGGUUGAAUAAGGGUAGUUCGGGAAGGAUAGAGUUUAUUCCUAAGAAUGUAUCAGAUAUGGAAUGUGUUUACUCGCUGCAGACAUCUCCUGUAUUAUCAAAAAUGGUUCGCAAUAUUCAAACUAAAAAACUAAACUCCGGUGAAAAGAGGAUGAGCGGGUUCAGACUGAACGUACUACAAAAUUUCUAG